AGUUGUUUACUUAAUUGAUAUUCCAAAUGUUCAACCAACUGGAUGCACAGGUGCUUUCAAGCAUUAUUAUAUGAAGCUCUCUGGUUACAAGUUCUGUUUCUUGCUUCUCAUCAUUCUGUGUUCUCCGUAGGCUACUAUGAAUUAAGCAUUCAUCAUCCCAUGGUUUCUCUGUUUCAAUUUUUUUUUUUAAUAAAUAUUUCUCAAUUUCUGCUCCUUUCCUGUCCUCUUGCAUUUCUCAGCUUGGAAAAGUGGUUCUAGCAUAUAUUGCAUUUGCAUCCAAAUAAAGCAUUAUAACCAUCAUGUAUGCUAUUGCUGCAUACACAUGACUUUUCUUGGGCCAGUAGACAUUCCAAUAGUUUGAAUGUAAAAUUAACUUUCAUUUCAUUAAAAGCACUGGGUUCUACAUGAGUAAACAGUAAAAAAUUAAUUAACAGUUGAACAGCAAAGAGAUUACCUGGCAGAUGAGGUAUUAGUGAAUCAUAUAUAUGUUCCAUCUUGCUUUUAACGUGUAUAUAUAUAUAUAUAUAUAUAUAUAUACAUGUAUAUGUAAAUGAAUAUUUAUGUGCUUUGGUAACUUACAGAAGACAGAGAUGCAGGAUGGGGAAAAGGGGAAAGAAACCAAAGUAUCUAGUUUAGACCUUGCUGGUCAGCAGCCUCCAAGGCAAGUUGAAAUUUCAGAGAUCCACCCUACACAAAAUUCAGAUAGCGUUCGAGUACAAAUACCAGAAGAGGUGGGGAAUUUUCCUUUCCCUUACAUCUUAUCUAAUUAAUAAGAUCAUUGGAAUAUCUCUCGAUGUUAGCAAUUCAUGAUUUACCUGCAGUAGUAACAAAAUAAAAAAGUGGUGCAUAUAAAUAUGAUCCACUGCUAAAUCCCCACAAAAGGCAUAGUGAGGACUUCAGCUAUCUGGAUAUCAUUGUUUGAAAAAUGUUUAAUAUCAUAUAUAGAGGGAAAAAGGCAUAUCAUUUCAACAGAGUUAUCUCUUGAGUUGAUAUAGUGUCCUUUGUUGGUUUUAUAUCAAAGAUGUGAAUACAAAUCAUGCUUGCAGUAGAGAAUAGAGUUUUAAGGACAUCAUAAAUUUUCCCAUGCCAAUUCAAAAAAAAAAUAAAAAAGGAGAUAUUUUUCUUGUUUUAUUAUAUCCCAAUCAAGCACAAAUAUUAAGUAUACGUGGUUUUCUUUUUUCUCAAUGAACAGGGAAACUGCGUUAGUUCUUUUAUGGGGCAAGAUCAGCAGAUGGGGAGGGCUGCUGUUCAAAUGCCAGUAGAGCAGCAACUGAUUCCAGUAGAGAAUAUGAAAAAUGGGCAAAAAGUUGCAGUCCUUCUUAUCACAGUAUCUACAGCUUCGAUUGUCGGCUUCCAUUCAGGCGGUGCAAAAGCCCAUUCUUCCUCGACAAGCGAGUUCCUCUUGAAAUCAGCAAUUCUCGCAAUGUUUGCCUCUUUGUUCCCUGCUUUGGGUCUGUUGAUCCUGUCCACAAAGAUGCUGCCCACAAAGAUGCUGCCCACAAAGAUGCCGCCCACAAAAAAUGCUAAACUUUCUUGCUCAAACCUAAGUCUCAUAAUACUCAUGGGGGCAUCCUUCGGACUCAUUGUGUUAGCAUUUGUUUUAUUUGUGGCUUUUGUCUUCAUCUGAUAUGUUGUGUGUUUCUGUUCUUGUUGUGCAUUCCAAACUCUAGUUCUUAAUUUUGUAUUGCAAACUUGCUUGUUUUGGGAUGACUGGUUUGCUGGGUCACAGACAUCCCUUUAUCAUUGAUGCCUUGAAUUAAUUCUC